AGCCACCCGAAAGAAAAAAAAAAAAGGAAACCCAGAUGCCUUGGAAAAUUGGUAAGGAAGCUUGGUAUUUUCCCCUUCCUUUCUUGUUCUAGAACCCAUAAAGAACCCAGAAAUUUCCCCUCCCUCUCUGUAGAAACCGGAUCUGCUCUGCUUUGCUCUGUCCGCUGGUUGCUCUUGUUGUGGGGGCGAAUUGCUUGGGUUUUGGGUAAGAAACAGCCAUUAAAUCCCUUUGUUUUUCCUUGAAGUGGCUUGGGUUUACUUUAAUUGCUCUUGUUCCUCCAAUUUUUGGGUAGUUCCGUGAGCUUCCCCCUGCAGAUCGCGCCGGCCUUCCCUAAUCUGCUAGCUCUGGUUCCUUGCUUGUAAAUUCUGGUUCUUGAUCGUUCUAUCAGUUUAGUACGUGAACUGAGUGCUCGGUUUUGCAGAGCGAGGUAAGUAAAUUAUGGUAACGCCCUUUGAUUUUAAAAGCAUGUUUUGAUUUGUUUUUGAAGUGGUGGUGGGACUAAACACGUUUUAUACAGAAAUGAGCAUUGAUUGAUUUGAAAUGAGAUUUUGAUGCUUUUCAUUAAAUUGAGCAUGCCUACUUGGAAUUUAAGUGACUGUCCUGAUGAUCUGAAAGUGAUUGUGAAUUGUGAUUUUCCUGUUAACUUCUGCCUGUUUUGUCUCCGAUGUGGUCAUGUUAUUAGUGACCCUGCUAGUGGGGGAGGUUAUAAACGCUAGCACACGUCGGCACAUGUCGAUAUGUUAUUCGUGACCCUGCUAGUGGGGGAGGUUACAAACGCUAGCACAUGUCGACAUGUUAUUGAUAGAACCGGUUUAUUCAGUGGCCCUGCUAGCGGGGAUUAUACACUAGUAAAUCGUGUGCCCGCCAGUGGGAGGUUUAUAAACGCUGGCCAUGACCUAUAGAGGAGACGUUUAUUUCGUUCCCGUAUUGUAUCCGUUUUUCGUGAUUGCACUUGUUGGCAUGCUAUAAGUUUAAUAAGGGCUAUCCAUAUUUACUUACUGAGUUUAUCUCAUAGUUUUUCCUUGUCCACCAUUUUAGGAAGUGAAACCGAGGACGGGGAAACCACGGGAAGUGACGAGUUAAAAGGCUAGCCAUUUCGAGUUUGAUAUAGAUUUUAGAAAUAAUCAUGAUCUUGUAAA